CGCCUGCGCGCCGAGCCCGGCGACGGGGAGCAGACCUGGGCCCGCUUCGCGCGCCCUCCGGCCCCCGAGGCCGCGGGCCUCAUCCACGACACCUUCCCCGACGGCUUCCUCUGGGCCGUGGGCAGCGCCGCCUACCAGACGGAGGGCGGCUGGCAGCAGCACGGCAAGGGCGCGUCCAUCUGGGACACGUUCACCCACCAACCCCCGGCGCCCUUAGGCGGUCCCCUGGUAGCCGGCCUACCGACGGGCGCCCCCUCGCCGUCCCCGCCUGCCACCGGGGACGUGGCCAGCGACGGCUACAACAACGUCUUCCGAGACACGGAGGGGUUGCGUGAACUCGGGGUCACUCACUACCGCUUCUCCAUCUCGUGGGCGCGAGUGCUCCCCAAUGGCAGCGCGGGCGCCCCAAACCGCGAGGGGCUGCGCUACUACCGGCGCUUGCUGGAGCGGCUGCGGGAGCUGGGCGUGCAGCCCGUGGUCACCCUGUACCACUGGGACCUGCCCCAGCGCCUGCAGGACGCCUACGGCGGCUGGGCCAACCGCGCCCUGGCCGACCACUUCAAAGAUUACGCCGAGCUCUGUUUCCGCCACUUCGGCGGCCAGGUCAAGUACUGGAUCACCAUCGACAACCCCUACGUGGUGGCCUGGCACGGCUAUGCCACAGGGCGCCUGGCCCCUGGCGUCCGGGGCAGCCCGCAGCUCGGGUACCUGGUGGCGCACAACCUCCUCCUGGCUCAUGCCAAAAUCUGGCAUCUCUACAAUACUUCUUUCCGUCCGACUCAGGGAGGCCGGGUGUCCAUCGCCCUAAGCUCCCACUGGAUCAAUCCUCGAAGAAUGACCAACCAUAGCAUCAAAGAAUGUCAAAAAUCUCUUGACUUUGUACUAGGCUGGUUUGCCAAACCCAUAUUUAUUGAUGGUGACUAUCCUGAGAGCAUGAAGAGUAAUCUUUCAUCUCUUCUCCCUGAUUUUACUGAAUCUGAGAAAAAGUUCAUCAAGGGAACAGCUGACUUUUUUGCUCUUUCCUUUGGGCCAACCUUGAGUUUUCAACUCUUGGACCCUCACAUGAAGUUCCGCCAAUUAGAAUCUCCCAGUCUGAGGCAACUCCUUUCCUGGAUUGACCUUGAAUAUAACCAUCCUCAAAUAUUUAUUGUGGAAAAUGGCUGGUUUGUCUCAGGGACCACCAAGAGAGAUGAUGCCAAAUAUAUGUAUUACCUCAAAAAAUUCAUAAUGGAAACUUUAAAAGCCAUCAGGCUGGAUGGGGUAGACGUCAUCGGGUACACGGCGUGGUCCCUCAUGGACGGCUUCGAGUGGCACAGAGGCUACAGCAUCAGACGUGGACUCUUCUAUGUCGACUUUCUAAGCCAGGAUAAAAAGUUGUUGCCGAAGUCUUCAGCCUUGUUCUACCAAAAGCUGAUAGAGCAAAAUGGCUUCCCUCCUUUACCUGAAAAUCAGCCCCUAGAAGGGACAUUUCCCUGUGACUUUGCUUGGGGAGUUGUUGACAACUACAUUCAAGUCGACACCACUCUGUCUCAGUUUACCGACCCGAACGUUUACCUCUGGGAUGUCCACCACAGCAAGAGGCUCAUUAAGGUGGACGGGCUUGUGACCAAGAAGAGGAAAUCCUAUUGUGUUGACUUUGCUGCCAUCCGGCCCCAAAUCUCCCUACUGCGGGAGAUGCACGUUUCGCAUUUUCACUUCGCGCUGGACUGGGCGCUGAUCCUCCCGCUGGGGAACCAGUCCCAGGUGAACCGCACCGCCCUGCACUACUACCGCUGCCUGGUCAGCGAACUGGUGCGCGCCAAAGUCACGCCCGUGGUGGCCCUGUGGCGACCUUCCGCCCCGCACCAAGGGCUGCCGCGCGCCCUGGCCAAGCACGGCGCCUGGGAGAACCCCCACACCGCCCUGGCUUUUGCAGAGUAUGCCACACUGUGCUUCAGCGAUCUCGGCCACCACGUCAACUUCUGGAUCACGAUGAGCGAGCCGUACACGCGGAACAUGACGUACAGUGCGGGGCACAAUCUUCUGAAGGCCCACGCCUUAGCUUGGCGCGUGUAUGAUGAAAAGUUUAGGCGCUCUCAGAAAGGCAAAAUAUCUAUAGCCUUGCAGGCUGAUUGGAUAGAACCGGCCUGCCCUUUCUCCCAAGAGGACAAAGAGGCGGCAGAGAGAGUUUUGGAAUUUGACAUUGGCUGGCUGGCCGAGCCCAUUUUCGGCUCUGGAGAUUAUCCGCCUGUGAUGAGGGACUGGCUGAACCAAAGAAACAAUUUCCUUCUACCUUAUUUCACUGAAGAUGAAAAAAAGCUAAUCCGGGGUUCCUUUGACUUUUUGGCUUUAAGCCAUUACACCACCAUCCUCGUGGACUGGGAAAAAGAAGAUCCAAUGAAAUAUAAUGAUUACCUGGAAGUGCAGGAAAUGACGGACAUCACCUGGCUCAACUCUCCCAGCCAGGUGGCAGUGGUGCCCUGGGGGUUACGCAGAGUGCUGAACUGGCUAAAGUCAAAGUAUGGAGACCUCCCCAUGUACAUCAUAUCCAACGGCAUCGAUGAUGAUCCGAGUGAGGCCCAAGACCAGCUGAGGAUGUAUUACAUGCAGAAUUAUGUAAAUGAAGCUCUGAAAGCCUACAUAUUGGAUGGUGUCAAUCUUUGUGGAUACUUUGCUUAUUCAUUUAACGAUCGCACAGCUCCGAAGUUUGGCCUCUAUCGUUACGCUGCAGAUCAGUUUGAACCCAAACCUUCCGUGAAACAUUACAGGAAAAUUAUUGACAACAAUGGCUUCCCGGGUCCCAAAACUCUGGGAAGAUUUUGUCCAGAAGAAUUCACCCUGUGCACCGAGUGCAGCUUUUUUCAUAAGCGAAAGUCUUUAUUGGCUUUCAUAGCUUUUCUAUUGUUUGUUUUUAUUAUUUCUCUUUCUCUUAUUUUUUACUACUCUAAGAAAGGCAGAAGAAGUUACAAAUAGUCCUGAACAUUUUCCUCUUCAUUUUGAAAUAAUUAUGCACACACAUUAGCUGUUAACCAUUUGCACUUCUCAGUGUUGUGAAAUUGUAGAUUUCAUAUAUCUGACUUCUAGAAAACCUUUUCGUGGCACAUGACAGAGGUUUUGAAAUGUGCACAGGUGAUUGCAGAAUACUGAAUAAUGUGAAUAGUGCCUGGAUUUGUUCUUUUUUGGGGAGUGAUCAAAAAACUGACAGGGGCCAGCAUUUCUCCAACACAGUCUGUAACAAAAGCAUGAGAAAUGGGAACCAUUCUGUAACAUUUUCACAGAAACUGAAUGACGAGAUUAGGAAUAUUUUUAUCUGUGCCCAUUCCUAAAUGUGACAUUUAUCUUAAAGUAGUAAUUGCAGUGUUGGAAUAAAAAGUUAAGUCCCAAGGAACCAUGUCUCAACUGCCAUGACAUGCCUAAUGGUCUCUGUUGAACCAAGUUUUCCUUGAAAAGGGAGAUGGCACAAGAAAGGAGAGAUGACAAAGGGCCCUCGGAUGAACGUUCCUUUUAAAAGUGUUUCCAUCAAAUGCUGCUAAUAGUAAUUUACAUAUGUGGUUAAUGAUAUACCUAGCAGAGCAAAUUACAGAACUUUAUAUUUUAUGUGACUUUCGAGGCACUCUCUAAACCCCAGGUCCUUGAGGGCUUUGUGUCCCUGGGGCCUUGUCGAGGGCCUGCACGUAGGGAACUUUAAAUGUUUGCAGAGAAAUAAACGUGAAUCAUGAGAUGUUGUGAUCUUCAGGAAGCAUAAACCAAUUGUGAAAUGCAUUACACUGCUGUGGCUCGAGGAGGAGGAAAGGAGGAAAAAGCACUUAUUAUGAGCCACACUAGGAUGAAUUUGAUUAUAAACCCUUUUAUUUUAGAGCACACCUUUGAAUGAAUGAGGUGCUCUUUACUGAGAGAAUAGGAACGAAAUAAUAUCUCAUCCUACAAAGAGUGACUCCAUUUCUGUUCUUUAGAAGGUGCCAUAAUUUCUUUGAAUUGAAUUUAAAAAUUCUUAAUAGGUUCAGAAGCAUUUGGUCUGAUAACACUGGAAGAUUUGUUUCUGUGAUUGCUGAGGUCCAUUUUAUGUUUUUGCUGCUACUUCUGUGGAACUAGCUUUGAACUAGUUUUGCUUUGAACUUUUACACUGAAACAUGCUACUGAUUUCCAGAAAAGGGCUAGUUAGGUCUUAUCCUUUAAUGCCCCUUAAAUAAGUCUUGCUGAUUUUCAGACAGGGAAGUCUAUUACACUGGAGUUGCAGGUGAUCCUAAUAUUUGUUUUAUAGUUAAGCCAAUAUCAUAUCAGGCAAGAUAAACCAAUAUCAUAUCAGAUAUGACUAAUCUUGCUGACAAAGGGUUAUAGUGAAUAAAAAAUACCGUACUGUAUUUUGUAUCAUCUUUAGAGGUGAUAUGAUUGUUUUUCCAUGAAAGACAAGCUUUUGAUGGUACUCUUUUAAAAGUUGGACUUAUUAUUAAGUUUGGAAGUUAGAGAAUAAUAGUUUAUUUUAUGUACAUAUAUUUUCUGAUUAUAAGAGUAAUAUAUGUUCAUUGUAAAAAAUUUAAAAACACAGAAACUAUAUGUAAAGAAAAAAAAUUACCUGUAAUCUCACCACCCUGAGGUAGCCACUAUCAACAUAGCCUAUGUGUCUUAUUUUACAUAAUUAGAGUCAGAUCAUAUUGUAACUAGUUAUUUAUCUUCACUAAUUUUUAUUGUGUGCAUUUUCUUUGUCAUUAGUCUUCAAAAGCAUGAUUUUAAAUAGGUGUAGAGUAAUUCUACUGAAUGAAUUUGUUACAAAUUAUUUAACCAUUCCUAUUUGUUGGACUAGUUUCUUCUUGUUAAUCACUGUUAAAUAAUGAAUGUUGUUUAAAAAUGAUUUUCUUGCUACAAUAUUUACUCUAAUUUCCUUGAGUGUAGAAAGAAGUAAUUUUGUCCCUUGAUAAAGUAUUGUAAUACAUCUGCCUACAACUCUGC